AUGACCAGUGGCAAAACCGCUGAAUAUUACCGAGUGCAUUUGCUAUCACUACCAAACGAACUGUCCAGGAUCAAUAAUCGCAAAAAAUUGAAUCCUAUAUCCUAUACGACCGACAAUUCCGUAGCGAAGAAGCGGCCGAUUCUGUUGGCCAACACUCAGGAGCGUAUUUGUCAGGCUCUACACGACGGCGACGCCAAACACCUCCAGGAACUGGUGCUCGAGGGUUACGGAGACUCACUGUAUGGCCGCACGUCUUGGGGCGAAGAGGCGCGCAAAUUCCUCAAAGGUUUGCCGCAUCUCAUGGAUCAGAUCAAGACAUUGCACGCGUCGGUCAUCAAAGGAGACAUACCAACCAUUGAGCGCAUCCUUUCGGACGACUCGUCGCUGAUUAGGGCCAGAGAUGAGAACGGCUUACUGCCCAUACAUAUGGCCACUGCCCAUAACCAGCCCGAAGUGGUCAGCGGAAGGACUGCAUUGCAUAUAUCGGCACAGAAUAAGACAAUAGAUAUAUACAGAAAAGUGGUUGAAUUGGGCGGCGAUCCGAAAAUAAUGGACAAAAACGGCAAAACCGCCGAUUCUUAUCUCCGACAGCAAACAAUUCAAAACUAUGAUUUGGUGUCGCCUUUGAAUGGCAAACAAUUGACUGAUAAUAUCGCUAAUACUAAUGGUGUGGGCAAUGGUUUUGCUGAACACCAAAACGAAUGGAAUCGCAGUAAUAAUAAAACUCAAAUAAAACCGGUUCUUAAUAACCGAGAAAUGGGUGGAAAGGCUCCCAAACCGGCCGUCAGAACCACCCGAAGAGAGCAGACAAAUGGCAACAACUUAGUGGUCGACACAUCCAAUGGGAAAUCCACAAAAAUAAGUCAUAAAUCUCGCAAACCAUUGCCUUCAGUGGCCGGCAAUCGACUUCCCGCCAUAAAUAUGGACGAAAGUAUCGUCGGAUCGGACUCUAAGUCAGAUAUCACAAGUCAAACGACCAGUGAUCAGACGAGCGGUUCCAACACAAACACCACGAUAUCGACGGCCAGCAGUACAAUGAGUGAGAGAACCUUUGGAACCGAACAGGACUUUAUUGAGGCACAGGUUGUUGUCGGAGACUCUGAUGUACAACAAGUUAUCGAUAGUAGAGAUGAAAGCGAUGCUAACAUAACAGACAAUGAAGUUUACGUCAAUUCAGAGCCAUCGGCGGCGCUGCAAAUGGAUGAGUCAAUUGUCACCGAUUCAGAUGUGGUCUACGAUGGAGACGAUGGACAACAAGAAGGCAACACAGAAUCGCCAGAAGUGAGCGCCGGUCAAGCGAUGGAUGACUCGUCGCUCACAACUGGAGAUGAAUCAGAAGUAAUGUUAUUAAAUAAUGAAAAAAAAGGAGAUGUAAUGAAUGGAAAUGAAGUUUCGCCUGAAGUUAAUGAGGACUCUCGAGGACUACUGUUGUCAGCUUUGGUAGAGGAGGAGAAGAGUACGAGUGAUACAAACGGAGAGCAAAUGAAUGCACAGGAGAUGAACAGCGAAACAAUAAUUACAGAUAAGGAUGAAAGGGAUGGAGAGAGUAGUGACACGAAUGCCAUACCAGAGCCACAGGAAAGCGACGCUCAGCUCAACGCAGCCGAUGGUAAUGAAGCAGACAUUAAGAGCAAUGAAAAUAUUGACGAUUCAACGCCAAUGCAAACAAUUGCCGAAACCAAUGAUGAAAACAAUAGCGACGGACGUAAUGAAGAAUCGAUGGCAGAGGAGGGGAAGGGAACCGAACCAACCCUUCCGGAAGAGACUGUGGUUUCAGAUGACAGUCAACAACAAAUAGGUAAUGAAGAGCUGGUGAUAAGCGAUGGCGCGAUUGUGAAUACAAAUGAAACUAAUGAUGCGAACAAUGCUAUCGACGAUACAGUUGUGACGAAACGCGGUUCAGAAUCGCGUAAGUCUUCGCUGUCGAGCACCGGAUCCGCCGCUAAGGGCUUCUCCAGAAGUCUGUCUCAACAGUCGGUGACAGAGAAUAAGGGCUCCAAUAGUAGGAGAGUAUCGAGAACUCAGUCCCAGGAGUCUAAUGAUGGGAAACAAUCGGAUUCAAAGCCGGGCUCUCGUCCGGGCACUCAAUCGCGUCGUCGCCAAAGUCAAGCCGAGGCCACGCCGUCGUCCAGACGCUCGUCCAAGAGUUCCGCUAAAUCACUGCCGAGACAGUCGUCGAUUCCGGAGGUGACAGCAGACGGACCGCAAGAAUUGGCGGAACAGAUGACUGAGAAUGUGAUUAACAACUCAUUGGAUGAGAUGAAGAAGAAUGAGUCAAUCGAUGACUCCAACGAAGUGAUUGAUGACCGGAGAGGAAGCGAACCGCGACUGGAAGAAGAAAUCAGUGAUACGUCUGUUUUGGCUGAAGAUAACGAACCGAAUGCGGAAGAAUUGGCACAAAAAACAACAGAACAGACCAACGAUGAGAAUAUGACUGAUAAUAAUGAAGUGGUCGAUGGGGUGGUUGACGGCACUGACAGUACCGCUGACUUUGUAUCGACCGCUCCUCAGGAGAAGGCAGACAGCGAUGAUAUAAUACCAGACAAUAAUAAUGAGACAAUCAAUCAAACAGUGGAGCAAAACGAUAGCCAAGAGAAAGGAGAGGAAGACGUCGUCGCCAACGAACCAGUGGUGACACAAACCAGUGAUGAACUCGAAGUGAAGGACAAUAAUAAUAAUAAUAAUGAGGGAAAUGAAGAGCAGACUAAUGAAAUCACUGAUAAAAGUGAUGAGAAAAAUGACUCAAAAGAAGAAGAAGAGAAAGUAGAGGAAGAAGUGGCCGCUAAUGAAGUAAUCGAUAACAGCGAUGAGACAAUUAAUGGCGAGAAUGGCUCACAAGUGGUCAACGAUCACAACAAUAACCCCAACAAUGAGAGCAAUAGCGAGGCGUCGACAAAGUUAAGCGCCGCCGACGAUCGCCCGCCUCAACAAUCGGCCAAUUCAUCCAUAUUUGACCGCUCGUUCAGCCGCCAGAGCGCCGUCAGCUCUAUUAACCCCCAAUCAGACGGUCUGAACGAUUUGAUCGAGAAAUGGCUGAAAGACGCGGAUCUGUUGCGUUUGGAACACGUGGUGAUCGCAGGACAGGGCGAACGACUGAUCGGCAAGAAGUCGGCCAACAGUCAGGUGCAGGACUUUCUGGAUCUGGUGCCCACUUAUAUGACCAAAAUCCGUGCCGUUCACGACACUGUCAUUCGCGGUAAUCUCAACGAAGUGAAACACGUGCUGACCCGCAAACGCUUUGCCUUAAGUCGCGACCAUCUCGGCGCCAGUCCUCUCCAUUUGGCUGUACUCCACGGCCACUGGGAUGUCAUGGUUUAUAUUAUCACUCAGUUUCCCGAAACGAUCAACGGUCCCGACAAUGAAGGGAGAACUCCAUUGCAUUACUCGGCGGUUCUUAACGACAACCAAAAUAUGUUUUAUAAGCGUUUGUGUGAAUCCAAAGCCGAUCCAAAUAUUAAAGAUAAGAGCGGAUACAGCGCUGAAUACUAUUUGGAUAAUCCGGGAGUACUAACCAUAAGACAAUUGUUGGAGAACUAUAUGCCGCCCGACGAUCAGCGCCGGUAUAACAACAGCGCCGAAGUGUGGCGCCGACCGCCCACUGCCGACAUUGAGUCCCGUCUGACACCCACUCCGGAUGACUCGGACUCGUCCAUCAUCUCAAAUGUUAACUAUAAGCACGAAGUGGACGCCGAGGUUCACGUGGACGGCGAUUCGCGACUCGGCCGCAGUGGCGGUUCUCGAUUGGCCAGAAUAACGGCUUACAGCCGAUCCCUAUCGCACUCGUCAAUGAGCAACAGGACGGCCGCCGACGAGCCGUACGACGAGGACGACGACGACUUCGAGACCCUUUCCAAUGAUUACAAGAAGUCGUUGAAAGAAGAGAAAGAGAGACUUCAAAAGCAUUUCGAUCGCCAGAUGUCCACUUCGGAGGCCAUCUCUAUGUCUACGAGAGUCGUGGAUAACAUACAGGAUGCUCAGCCACCCAUUGGCUCCAACACUAUGAUCACCAAUGGGUCCAACAGUUCCGGCUAUGAUCUGACGGAGAUUAAGGAUGAAAACGGACAGACAGUUCUUCACCAAUUGGCUGCUAAACCACACCAGAGAUCCGUAUUUUACAAAAUGUUAAGUCAAGCGGAAUAUCUGAUACCAGAAAGGGAUGCAAAGUAUCGCACAAUACGUGAUAUAACUGUUGAAAACGGCAUUAAAGAUAAUUUACUAGUUGUGGAUCAAUAUAUUUUGGACACAUUUGUCAAACAGGACAAGGAUUUGGUCAAAGCCUUCGCACUCGAGGGCUAUAAUAAUCUGUUGACAGUCGUGGACGCAGAGGGACACGACGUGAUCGCCACUCUCAAGAGGUACGGCCGCACAUCGAUGGAGGAGUUUGUCCGAGACUUGGCUCAGUUUCAGAAAAAUAGGGACGAAUUGCACACAUUUAUAAGACACGGUUACGCAGAAGGUGUGGACAAUUUGGUACAAAUAGACAGCGAUCUCGUCAUCGCAAAGAGCGAAAGGGGUAGACAUGCCCUCCACUUAUCCAUACUGUUUGCAAAUCUCGAUAUAAUUAACACUUUAAUCGCCACAAACCCUAACGCCGUCAACACACCGGACAAUAUGGGUCGGACACCACUUCACUACGCGAUGGCCAGUAGUUUUGUGGAAGAGAUCGGAAGGAUUCUGAUCCGCGCCGGAGCUAACCGGGCGUUGAGAGAUGUGAGAAUGCGAACUCCGAGCUAUUAUUAUGUAUACAAACAAGAGAUCCGCGAUAUUAAGGAAGAGGAGAAGAAUCUGACCAUUUGAUCCACUUAUGGACUCUCAAAGAGUGACCACUCGUACGCAUACAUCCAUUCUCUAUACACCCGUCAAACAAAUGAAACUCAUUUCAAAAACUAGUGAUAUUGUCAUCAAUUGGC